GGUCGUCUACUAGCCUUUGUUAUGAAAAUGGAGUCCAGUUCAGCUAAUCUUCUUUGUCCAGCUCAAUCCCAUGAAUCGUCAGCUGAUGAGGCCGCCGGGCCAGGCUCCUUUCCAGAUGAGAGGCGUAUUGCAGGCUCAGCAAGCGCAGAACCAGCAAUUGCAGCAAAUGCAGCAGCACCAACAGCUUCAACAGCAGCAGCUCCACCAGCAACAGCACCAGCAGGCCCAGCUACUUCACCAAAAGCAACAGCAGGCCCAGCAGGCGCUUCAACAACAAGUGCAGCAGCAGCAAUUAGCGGCUCAAAAUCCGCAUCAAGGCAUGGUACCAAACACCAUGCAAUCGCCACACGCGGUCCAUAUGCAGUCUCCUCAUCCCCAGCAGCAAUUGCAAGGUGGAGCUGUGGGUAUGCAUGCCUCUCCUCAGUUCGCAUCUGCGCAGGUUGUCGGCCAGAGCACACCAAAUGACCCUACUCAAAUGGCAAAUCACGCUCAAAAGCCUCAGCAAGCGCAGCAGCCUCGUGGACCGUAAGUUAAAUGAGGGUCUGUUGGGUUAUUCAAUCUAGGAAUGAAGGAUGUCUGUUUAUGCGGGAGCGUUUGCUGACCCAUGUCAUUGAAAUAUAGGAUUUUGAUGGGUCCAGCGCAGCAAAAAAUGUUAAUGAAGCAGCAUCAGCAGCAGCAAUUUCAACAGCAACAUCUUCAGCAGCAGCAACUUCAACAACAUCAACAGCAACUCUUGCAGCAACAGCAACAGCAGCAGCAACAGCAACAGCAACAACAACAACAACAGCAACAA